AUGGCGACUUUAACCAAAACUGUUUUAUUACGUGUUCUUGUUCUUAUUCUUGUUCUUUGUUGUUCUUGGUCGGAUGUUCAUUCACUGAAGCAUUGUAAAUUCGAUCAAAUAUACCAAUUGGGAGAUUCCAUUUCCGACACUGGAAAUCUCAUUCUUGAAAACCCUAAUACUCGUUUCUCUCAUCUUCCUUACGGAAAAUCACUCUCCAAAGCUCCAACGGGUCGCUGCUCUAAUGGCCUUCUUAUGAUCGAUUAUUUUGCUUUGGACGCCCGACUUCCAUUGUUGAAUCCUUAUCUAAACAAAAAUGCUUCCAAGAAUCAUGGAGUUAACUUCGCAGUGGCUGGUGCCACGGCUUUGCCUUUUGAGCUUCUUUUAACGAAGAAUCUCUCUACUUCUUCAACCAAUUCUUCUCUCGACCAUCAACUUAGUUGGAUGUUGUCUCAUUUUAGCACAAUUUACCAAAAUCAAAUAGAAUGUCGCAACACAUUAAGGAAUGCUUUGUUCAUCGUGGGAGAGAUUGGCGGGAAUGAUUAUAAUUUUGCGUUGUUAAUGGGAAGAACUUUUCAAGAGGUAAAAGAUAUGGUUCCUGAUGUUGUUCAAACUAUAAAGAGGGUUGUUGAGAGAGUGAUAAGUCACGGUGCUACUCGAGUUAUCAUUCCUGGAAACAUUCCAAUUGGAUGUUUUCCUCUCUUUCUCACUAUUUUUCAAACCAACGAUAUAACUGCUUACGACGAAUUUCGAUGUUUAAAAGAUCUAAAUGCUUUGGCAAUUUAUCACAAUCAUCAAAUCAAGCGAGUCAUUAGAGAAUUGAGAAAAGAGAAUCCUCAUACUAUUAUUUUGUAUGGUGAUUAUUAUAAUGCAUUUCGAUGGAUUCUUCGUCGUGCUUCCAAUCUUGGAUUUGAUGAAGAUUCUUUGCAAAAAUCAUGUUGUGGAAUUGGAGGCGACUACAACUUUGACCUGAAGAACAUAUGUGGACCUGAAGUACCUGUUUGUCCAAACCCUAAUGACCAUAUUAGUUGGGAUGGAGUCCACUUGACACAAAAUGCUUAUAAGUUCAUGGCACAUUGGCUCAUCGAUGACAUUGUCCCAAAGUUGAGAUGUAUUGUUUAA